AUGUCAAAAAUAGAUCCACUAUUAAAGCUAAGAUAAAAACAAUAAAGAGAAUUGUAGCAUCUUAUGGAAUAUGAAAAAUAAUUAAGAGAUAAGGAAAUUAGAAAUUCACAACUGUUAUUGAAAAAAAAAGAAAAGUUCUAAGACAUAUCAAUGAAGCAAUUAAAAUUGAAAGAAGAUUUAAAAUAGAAGGCUGAAUAAAAAAGAAUGGAAUUUGAAAAAAAUUUAAGUUAAGCAAAAAUGAUUGAAUAAGAAUAAUUAAAAGUAAAGAUAUAUAUUAUAAUUAUAGUAAUCACAACAUCAUGUUAAGAAAACAAUUUAAACAGUUAUUAAAUUUGAAUAAGAAUAUUAGAAAGAGCAAUAGGACUUUUUAAAUUAAAAAAAAUAAGAACAUCAAAAUUAAAUUGAAUAAGUUUUAGAAAAUAAGAAAAAGUUAGAAAAAAAAAAAUUAAAAGAGUUAAGUCAAUCUUUAGAUGCUAAAUUCAAAUCUUCAUAAGAAGUAUAUAUAAUUUAGAAUAUUUAAUAGUUAUAAGAGAAUUUAAAUAAGUAAUUAAGUGAUAGAUAAAAAUAAGAAUAAUAAAAAUUAUAAACAUAUUUUAAGUAAGUUGAAGAAUAACAAUAAAUUUUAUAAAAAGAAAGAAUGAAAAAAGGAGAAAUGUUUGAAGAAAAAUUAGAUAAAGUAGAAAAAUUAAAAUAAGAAAAAGAAAAAGAAUUGAAAGAGAGACAAAGACUUAGAUUAGAAGCUGAAAAAUAAAAAGAAUUAUUAUCUAAAGAAUUUUAAGAAGAAAUUGUGGUAAUUAAUUUAAAAAUAUCUUUAAGAAAAUGUAAAAAUCUAAUUUUCGCAAACAAUUGCUAAGUUGA